AUGGGGUGUGCGGACGAUUCAAAAGCUCGAUCUCUGGAGCCUCGAGGUCAAGACGUAGGUAUCCCCCCCUGCCCGCCCUUAUCAGCCGCCAUUAACAUAAGCUGGGUUAGGUCGAAUGGCGACACAUACGGCACGCCGUAUGCCGCUCCCCCCUUCUCGGGUGACGAACCGGCCCCUGCUGGCUUCGAGGACGGCAAGACCUACCACGGGAGCUGCCAUUGCGGAGCCGUAACCACGGCGGUUAGGGUCAAGGGCUCCCUCGAGGACGGCACCUACGACGGCCGCCUCAUGGAGUGCAACUGCAGCUACUGCCGAACGGGCGGCUUUGUUUGGAUCUACCCUCAGUCAAACCAGCUAGCCAUCCAAGGCCGCGACAACCUAUCGUAUUACAAAUUCGGCAACACCAUCUGGCGCAAGUUGUUCUGCAAGACCUGUGGCGUGUACAUUGGCUCGGAGGUCAACCCGGACUUGACCGCGGAAGAAAUCGCCGCGCUGCCGGAGAUGUACCAGCAGUUCCGGACCAACCACAUCAACACGCAACCCCUCAACCUCCGCCUGAUCAACGGACUCGACGUGAAGUCUCUCAAACCCCUUCGCGGAGACGGAUGGUCGAAGCAGGAUCCCCCGUAUGUGUAUCCUUAG